UAAUUGCCUUGUACUAAAAAAAGCACCUAAUUGACAGUAGAGCAAUUUGAUUGGAUAUAACGAUUCAAUGUGUCACGUGGUUUUGAAGCCAUUAGAAUUUGAAUGUAAACAAACCGGGUCAGCUGCUGCAGUAUGGAACAACAUCGUACAAUCAGUGACUGAGAAACAAUUAUGAGUAACCAAGCUUGACAAUACACACUAUGGAUGACCAGUGCUAUGAUCUGUGUACCAAGUUAGUAUCACAAAGUUACAUACAACAAGGAAAGCAGGCAAAAUUAGUCCACCAGAAAAAGAUAAAGCAUCUUCUUCAACAUAGAAAGUUACCAGAGGAUGGCUGGACAGAUCAGACAAUUGAGUUAUUGUUACAAGAAUUGUCUGUCAUGGAUAGUAAUAAUUUCCCAGAUAAUUGUGGAGUAGGGGAAAGAGAGGCCAGAAUAUUUUCAUCUUUAGUAGCCACCAGACAUUACAGAUUUGGUCAUGGAAUUGGAAGAUCAGGGGAGAUAACUGCUAUUCAGCCUAAAGCAGCUGGUUCUAGUGUUAUGAUGAAACUAACUAACAGUUUGAUGUUAGAUGUCAUCAAAAUAUCAGGAAUUCAAUCAGCAGCAUCAUGUUUUAUUGUUCCCAUGGCAACUGGAAUGAGUUUAUCUUUGUGUAUGUUGACCUUUAAACAGUCAAGGCCAAAUGCCAAGUAUGUAAUAUGGCCAAGAAUCGAUCAGAAAUCGUGUAUAAAGUCUAUGAUAACAUCAGGGUUUGAGCCUGUAGUGAUAGAGAAUUGCAUAGAAGGGGAUGAAUUGAGAACCAACCUGACAGCAGUCAUAGAAAAAAUAGAAGAAUUAGAUCCAGACAAUAUUUUAUGUGUUAUGACAACUACCAGCUGUUUUGCUCCAAGGGUUCCUGAUAGAUUAGAAGAAAUAUCAGAGAUUUGUAAGAAAUUUGACGUUCCACAUCUUAUAAACAAUGCUUAUGGUUUACAAUGUACAAAGUGUACACAUCUUAUACAACAAGCAAGUAGAAAAGGUAGAGUUGAUGCUUUUGUUCAGAGCACAGAUAAAAAUUUCAUGGUUCCAGUUGGAGGAUCAAUUAUAGCAGGGUUUGAUGCUAAAUUGAUAGAAAGUAUCAGUAAAGCUUAUCCAGGUAGAGCAUCAGCAACACCAACUAUGGACUUGUUUAUAACCUUGUUGAGUAUGGGCAGUCAGAAAUACAAAGAAUUACUGAAGGAGAGGAAAGAAAACUACCAAUAUUUGGCAUCAAAGUUGUCUGAAGUAGCAUCUAAACAUGGAGAGAGACUUCUUAAAACUCAUCAUAAUGCAAUUUCAAUGGGAAUGAGUUUGUCAUCAAUAAUUGUUAAAGAAGAUAAAGAUGUCACAGAAAUAGGGUCCAUGUUAUUUACAAGAUUCGUAUCUGGGACUAGAGUUAUUAGCAAUUCUUCUACAGACUCAACAAUUAAUGGACUUAAAAUAACAAACUUUGGAGCUCAUUGUGAUAAAUAUAAUUGCCCAUACCUAACUGCUGCAGCCUCCAUUGGUAUGACCAGAAAUGAUGUAGAUACAUUUGUAACAAGACUUGAUAAAGUUCUGAAAAAAUAUAAGUCUUCUGUUGGCUCCAACUGUGAUGUCCAGUCUGAAGAGGAGAAAACAACCAAUAAUAUUCCACAAGGAAACACAUAAUACUGUAAUAAGCAAAAAUUGAACCUGCUAUAUAUUUGGUUAUACAACCAACCUUCUUAUCCUACAUCUGACUCGAUUUCUUUAUUAUGUAUAUUAGUGAUGAUGUUGGAAAAUUAUUAUCAGUCAAUUAAUCAGAAUAAAUAGACAGCAAGUUU